ACAAAGCAGGAAGGAGGUGGGGCUUCUGAGGAGGCAGCCUGGGAGGUCACUGUCACACUGGGGCUUUCCCAAACCAAGGCUGGAGAGAGGAAUGGAGCCCUGGCGCCCCAGCCCAAGAAACCCAAUGGACAGGAUAGAUCCUAACACCUUCCGUUUCCACUUUCCAAACCUGCUCUAUGCUUCUGGGCGGAAACUCUGUUAUCUCUGCUUCCAAGUGGAGAGAGAAGACUACUUCUCGUGUAAUGACAGCGACUGGGGAGUUUUUCGGAACAAGGUCCAUCCCUGGGCUCGAUGCCAUGCAGAACAGAGCUUCCUCUCUUGGUUCCGUGACCGGUAUCCAUGCCGUGAUGAAUAUUACAAUGUCACCUGGUUCUUAUCCUGGAGCCCCUGCCCCACCUGUGCAGAGGAGGUGGUCGAGUUCCUGGAGGAGUACAGGAACUUGACGCUGAAAAUCUUCACCUCCCGCCUCUACUACUUCUGGGACCCAAAUUACCAGCAGGGGCUUCGCAAGCUAUGGGACGCAGGGGUCCAGCUGGACAUCAUGUCCUGUGAUGAUUUUGAAUACUGUUGGGACAACUUUGUGGACCACAAGGGAAUGCGCUUCCAGAGACGGAAUCUGUUAAAAUAUUAUGAUUUCCUGGCUGAAGAGCUUCAGGAAAUCCUUAGAAACCCAAUGGACAGGAUAGAUCCUAACACCUUCCGUUUCCACUUUCCAAACCUGCUCUAUGCUUCUGGGCGGAAACUCUGUUAUCUCUGUUUCCAAGUGGAGAGAGAAGACUACUUCUCGUGUAAUGACAGCGACUGGGGAGUUUUUCGGAACAAGGUCCAUCCCUGGGCUCGAUGCCAUGCAGAACAGUGCUUCCUCUCUUGGUUCCGUGACCAGUAUCCAUACCGUGAUGAGUAUUACAAUGUCACCUGGUUCUUAUCCUGGAGCCCCUGCCCCACCUGUGCAGAGGAGGUGGUCGAGUUCCUGGAGGAGUACAGGAACUUGACGCUGAGCAUCUUCACCUCCCGCCUCUACUACUUCUGGGACCCAAAUUACCAGCAGGGGCUUUGCAAGCUGUGGGACGCAGGGGUCCAGCUGGACAUCAUGUCCUGUGAUGAUUUUGAAUACUGUUGGGACAACUUUGUGGACCACAAGGGAAUGCGCUUCCAGAGACGGAAUCUGUUAAAAGAUUAUGAUUUCCUGGCCGCAGAGCUCCAAGAAAUCCUUAGUCCAGUUCCAAGUGUCUGUGGUCACCUGAGCCAGACUCCGUGGUCACCCAGGUCGCGUUGCCUUUGGCUGGAGUGUCCGGAAGGAAAGCGGCUGGGGCUCCAUCAAGCUCCCCCAGUUUCUUCAGACCGUUCGGUGUCUGCUUGUCCCGGCCAACAAAGAAAAAGAGACUGGCCCUUCCCUCCCCGCCCAGGGGCCCAAGUAGACCCAAGGAGUUGGGUUCAGGAGGUGACAGAGCCUGGGAUAAACACCAGAAGACACUCUCUGCACCUUUUGGUUUCCUUCCUCUUGCCCAGACCCACAAUGAAUCCACUACAGGAAGACAUAUUCUGCCGUCAGUUUGGCAACCAGCACCGAGUCCCAAAGCCCUACAACUACCGGAGGAAAACCUACUUGUGCUACCAGCUGAAGCUGCCCGAAGGCACCCUAAUUGACAAAGACUGCCUUCGAAACAAGAAAAAGCGCCAUGCAGAAAUGUGCUUUAUUGACAAGAUCAAGUCACUGACGCGGGACACAUCCCAGAGAUUCGAAAUCAUCUGCUAUAUCACAUGGAGCCCCUGCCCCUUCUGUGCCGAGGAACUGGUUGCGUUUGUCAAAGACAACCCCCACCUCAGCCUGCGGAUCUUUGCCUCCCGCCUGUACGUCCACUGGCGCUGGAAGUAUCAGCAGGGGCUGAGACACCUGCACGCAUCCGGGAUCCCAGUGGCUGUCAUGAGCCUCCCAGAGUUUGAGGACUGCUGGAGGAAUUUUGUGGACCACAAGGACAGGUCGUUCCAGCCCUGGCACAACCUGGAGCAAUACAGUAAAAGCAUAAAACGUAGGCUCGGGAAGAUCCUGACGCCCCUGAAUGAUUUAAGGAAUGACUUCAGAAAUUUGAAACUUGAAUGACCAUCAACCCCCCACCACCACCACCACCCACCCUGUUCCUGCAGCAUCUCAAUGCUUCAUAAACUGCUGACUCUUAGGAGCAAGUUGUGAGCUCCACGUGCACACCAGGCCCUCCUCCCCGAGUCCAGGAAACCUUUCUUUUCCCCUUCAUUCUUCUGUUUUCUUGUGUAAGUGGGUAUAUAUUUUUGUAAUUGAAAAAAUAAAGAUGAUUUUCAAGUCUGUAAAA